AGGCUGGGGCCGAUCGGGAGGAGCCCAGGCAGUCCGGGAUCACCAGCGCCUCCCCGCGCCGCUGCUCCCCUCCCGGCCGACCUGGAGCGGGGGCUGCCUGGGUUCGCCGCGGCGCUCUCGGAAGCACACCUCAUCCUCAGCAGAACUUCUGGAGCCUCGGCUGAGCGGAUGAAAUCUGUGCGCCCUCGCCACUCGCAAAGCCGUUUGACACUCAGGCCAAACCCGGGGAGGGGGUGCCUUGGACCAGGGUUAGAAAGGCCCUAGUUGAGGUGUUUGCCCUUUUCCAGCCUUCUCGGUUACGUGGCCCCUUCUGCAGGUGAGCAGCCGAGAUACAGAAAGGGCACGGCCAAGGUGACAGACCGGAAAGGUGAAAGCGGUUGGCCUUGAUGACCAGUUGCACCGAAUUAGCUCCGCACCGAUCUGGGGCCUCAUGUUCAGGUGCAGCGCCAGCUGUUGUGAGGACAACCAGGCCUCCAUGCAGCAAGUACACCGGUGCAUUGACCGCUGCCACGAGCCUCUGGCUCAAGCCCAGGCCCUGGUAACCAGCGAGCUGGAGAAGUUCCAGGACCGCCUGGCCCGGUGCACCAUGCAUUGCAACGACAAGGCCAAAGAUUCGAUAGAUAUGGGGAGUAAAGAGCUUCAAGUGAAGCAGGAGCUGGAGAGUUGUGUGACCAAGUGUGUGGAUGACCACAUACAUCUCAUCCCAACCAUGACCAAGAAGAUGAAGGAGUCUCUCUUGUCCAUUGGAAAAUAGAAGUCUUUGCCCUUGGCCAUGAGGGCUGAGGGCAAGAAUCUAUUUAAAAAGAGGAGUGGGGAUUUUGGUCUUUUAAGCAAAGUUUAUGAGUGAAGAAAUUAAGAAUGGCAGCAAGUUUAAGACAUGUUACUUGCCUUUGGACACUGGUUCCUUUACGUUUCAGCCCUAGAAAGUGAAGUGGAAAAAAACUGGUGCUAAAAUUUGGGUCAGAGAGAUCACAGGAGAGUUUUUGAUAGCCUAAAUUUCAUGUGGCAAGUACUUUCCUGACAGUAGACAUCUCCCUUGUACCAAGACAGAACUCUCCAAUGCACCAGAUUCUUAAUAGUACACAGGUACCAACAGCCUAGCAGUUUCCUCUCAUCUGCCUGUUAUCUGGUAGAGUGUGAGGAGAAAUGUUUCUGUUUGUUGCCAACCUCCUGUUUACUAGAAGGGUCACCACGCCAUUUUCUGUAAAUUGUAAAACAAAAUCCAUGAGAGCACUAAUUUAGAAGGGAAGAAAGGUUUCUGGGCCUUUGCUUUGCUUGAUUUUGUUUUGUAGACAAGGGAAUAGGGUUGACUUAGGAUACGGAGUUGGGAGAGGUAGUUGGGAUAAGAUCUCUGAAAGGUUUCUUAGGGAUAUCCGUUUGUGGCAGUCAGGAUGUGGAUAUGCAUUUCUUGAAAUACUCAUACAUAUUUCAGCCUGGACACCCCGCAAAAACAGGCAAUGUCACACUGGGUAUGGGAAAAGCAGACCUUUUCUCACUGGCAACCAUGAUGGGCCGUAAGGCUAUCCGCAGCUAGUAACAAGAUGAUCUUGCAAUAACAUUCUCUUGAAGGGAAAGGAUGUUUUCAUUGUACUAUAUACCGGUAUCCAGGAAUGACCAACGAAAGAGGCACUGUUGGCUGCUUAAGAGUUACAAAGUACUGAAUUUGGGAAAACUGGGUUUUCAUAGAACAGAAUGGGAUGAAAUAAACCCAGUCAGUAUUACUACCUCCUGAUAUAACAGAGCCCUAUCGAUAUAGUCCCUGGGCAACAGGAAGGUCAAGGGAGAAAAUGUAAGCAACUCAGGGGCAAGCUGUGACUCCUUUAGAGCAAAAAAGGGGCAGCCCCCCAGUACCAAAUACUGCUUUUGCCUGGGGCCUUUGCAACAAUCAGUGUUCCUGCCCCAGCUUUGGUACCUUAAUCAUUUUUAUAAGGACCUAGUUGUUGUUUUACCAACUUACUACUUGAAAUUAUAAUAGAGCCUGUCUGUGCUGUUUGGGGGCUGUGAUAUAUUUUCCUACUUGCUCGAUUUUAAAAAAUAAAGUUCAAUUUUUCCUCCCGUA